AUAUUCUUGCUGGCCCAUACUCUUAGAAGCUUCCUUUCUGUUCUAGCUUCCUCCCCAAGCUGGUGACCCGACGACAUCCAUCGCCACAUUCCUAAAACCCUCCUUCUUCUUCCUUAAACCCUAUAAUCGCCUUCUUCUAGAAAUUGAUAAUCUCCCAGGCGCCAUCUUUCCGAGCUUCAAUCAUGGUGGUCAGCAGAAUCGCGUCUCGGCUCUCAAAGUCUGCUCUGGUUCAGUGCUGGAACUCGUUGAUCUUAUUUGCGCGGCAGCAGAAACCACAGGCCCCGAACCUUUCGAAUCGAUUCCAUUCCAUAUGUUAUCCCCAAUCCUCGGUUGUUCCUGGUCAUAUCUCUCUUCUGCGUGAAUCGGCCAUUAGUAGAUCUGGCUCUCAAUGGUUUGGAAUGUCAUCAUCGGCAUCUCCACAAUCAGAUGAAAAGGAGACAACCCAGGCAGGAAAUGAACAGCGGGAAAAAACUGAAACUGACACUAGCAAAAGUGUGAAUAAUGAUGCCGAAUCUUCUGAGGAAUCCAACAAAUCAGAUUUGGAGGACCUUUCCAGGGAUGAUCUGGUGAAACUCGUGCUGGAGGUUGAAGAAAAACUGAAGGGGAAACAAAAAGAAGUUGAUCAAAUGAAGGACAAGGUUCUUCGCACUUUUGCUGAUAUGGAGAACACAAUGGAUAGAAAUAGACGUGAAACAGAGAACUCCAAGAAGUUUGCCAUCCAGAACUUCGCAAAAGGCCUUCUAGAUGUUGCAGACAAUUUGAAUAGGGCUUCAAAAGUUGUAAAAGAAAGCUAUUCCAAGAUCGAUGCUUCUAGUGACACUACCGGUUCAAUGCAACUUCUGAAAACGCUACUUGAAGGUGUUGAAAUGACUGAGAAGCAACUGGCUGAGGUGCUCAAGAAAUUUGGAGUUGAAAAAUAUGAUCCUGUGGAUGAGGAGUUUGAUCCAAAUAAGCAUAAUGCGGUAUUCCAAGUGCCAGACCCUUCCAAGAAGCCUGGCACUGUUGCAGUUGUCCUUAAGUCGGGGUACACAUUACAUGAACGAAUCAUUCGGCCAGCAGAAGUCGGGGUUGCACUGGCAGUGGAGAAUGAAGCAGCAGAUGAAUGAUGUGAGAAUCUUUUAAUGGAGUGAGUGACUUUAGAAAUGGAGUUUUUCUCUCUUUUGGGGUUUCUUCAAGAUUUGCCAUUAGUUUUAGAAAAAAAUUUAAACUUUGCCCAGCAGUGGAACUCGGCUCCCUCUCCGCUCUCCACUCUCCAGUAAUAUACUUCUUUUUCUUCAAGAAAAUUAUCUGCAUUACUUUUAAUGAUGUUUUUGUAAUUGAAAAGAAAUUACUAAAGAUUUUAAUUAUUAGGAUUUGCUGUAUAAAUCUAUUCGUGAGUUUUUUUAAAGGAAAAAACUUAUGAAGACAUCUGAGCUCAAGAUCAGACAUACUAACCAAACUAUAAACAAUUUAGACCAACAAAAAAAAAAUGCAUAUUUAUAAUACCAUCAAAUUAUUUGAAACAAACAAGACCAUGUUACAAAACCUUAAGUCUUUGAUUACCUUCAUUGUUCUAAUUACUACUCAAAAACAAAAUAUAGGGCCUAGAACAUGUUCCGAAACAUGACCUUGUUCAUUUUUUUCACAUUUCAAAACCGGUCCUGAACUCUAUGGUUCCAACAUACCUGAUUCCAAGUUCGACUUACUGCUUCACUCAAAAUCACUGGUUCUUGGUUCCCGGCAUUACCUUCGAUUUCC